UUGCGGUUUUACCACCAAGAACGUGUUGCACCGAGACCACGGACGUGUAAAAUCUAAAUUGUUUAUUUUGGGUGUGGGUCACAAAAAUCAGCUGAUCAUCUUGACCGACCGACUGAGAGAAAUAAUGUCGACACAACAACCCGUGUGUUUGGGAGACUGUGAGGGUAUUGCAAGAAGGCGGCUCGCAAAGAAUGCCUUCGAUUAUUACCAAAGUGGGGCGAAUGACGAGCAAUCGUUGAGGGAUAAUGUGGACGCUUUUCAACGAUACCGACUGAGGCCUAAACUAUUAAGGGAUGUUUCCAAACGAGACCUUCGUACCACUAUCUUGGGUCAAGAGAUUGCUUUUCCUAUAGCUGUAGCUCCCACAGCGAUGCAGCGUAUGGCACACAGUGAUGGAGAAGUGGCAACAGCAAAAGCGGCCUCAUCUCUUGGAACUGGUAUCAUUCUGAGUUCAUGGGCCACGUCCACAAUUGAGGAGGUAGCGGAAGCCUGCACACCUGAAGGCCUGCGCUGGUUUCAGCUCUAUGUCUACCGAGAUCGUAACGUCGUCAGAGAUCUUGUCAGGAGGGCGGAGCAAGCUGGUUACAAGGCGCUGUUCGUCACGGUGGACACGCCUAUGUUAGGGAGGAGACUAGCUGAUGUUAGAAACAAGUUUUCUUUGCCAUCACAUCUCAGGUUAGCCAACUUCAACGUUAAUGCUCAUCUUUCGAGCGGGGUGAAGCACUCAGAGGACUCUGGUCUGGCCGCUUACGUCGCUUCACUCAUAGAUCCGUCACUGAACUGGGAGCACAUCGAAUGGCUCAAGACAAUCACAUCAAUGCCUAUCGUCCUUAAAGGGAUACUCACAGCUGAGGAUGCGCGUCUCGCUGUCAAACAUAACAUCUCAGGCAUCGUCGUGUCAAACCAUGGGGCAAGGCAGCUUGAUGGUGUCCUAGCAACGAUAGACGCAUUGUCCGAGGUGGUGGAGGCAGUGCGAGGGUCCAACAUAGAGGUGUAUCUCGAUGGAGGAGUAAGAAAAGGCACUGAUGUCUUGAAGGCGCUGGCCCUGGGGGCUAGAGCCGUCUUCAUCGGCCGACCGGUCCUGUGGGGACUGGCUUACGAUGGUGAAGCAGGAGUGAAGAAGAUUCUUGAAAUCAUUCGGGAAGAGUUCAGUCUAGCAAUGGCCCUUUCUGGAUGUGUCUCAAUCAAAGACAUCUCACCAGAUCUGAUCACAAAGAAGAAUUUUUUGGUGAUGUCCAAAAUGCUGUGUACAAAUCGUGCCUGCAGGAAGUCCAGGCUUGGUGGCUCUUCUGUAAACAUGUGACGUCACAGGUCACAUCUAUUCUCACCGAUUGUUCAGUGUAUGUAUACCAGCUUUAUUACAAGAAAAAAAAACAUAAAAAGAUAUAACAACAAUCGAUAGACCGACCAAACCUUGAGAGAAGGACCCUCUCUGUAGACAAACACACAAUGGUUGAAAUCGUUCCAUGGACCACUUUUGGGUGAAGUUUCUUACUCUGGUGUGCGGUGCUAUUCAACCAUUCAUACAAGUAAUAACGUGAAAGAUUCAUCAAGAAUUUGUUGAGGAUAUAUAACUUACACUAAAAAGAUGACUUGUAGAAGCUGGACCUUGCUCUACGAAGGGCUUAAUUAAAGCGCACCGAGAAGCAGCUGAACUCGUUCAAACAAAUUUGAAGCAGUACAAACCGUGUGCUGUAGUAGGUCUACUGAUGACUGAAGUGGUUUUAUUCGGGUCAGGUUGCUCAUGCAUGAACACCACAGAAGCUUGUGUUGGAAAAAUAAAACAAAUAGUUCGGAAAGUGGAAUUAAAGUGCACUAAAGUUGUCGAAAAUCAUUCAGAUUUAAAUCUUUCGUUUGAAGCCACAAGUCUAUCAAUUCAUAUUGACGUCUCGAGAGUCUCUGGAUGUUGUUUAUUUGGACGAAGACGAUUUUAUAAAACAACUUCUUUUAUACAUUGUAAAUAUUUAUCUCUCCUUAAACCAAUUAUGUCUUAAAUUUGUAAUAUAUAGUGUGAUUUUUGUUUUACUAAUUUUCAAUC